CGUUGAGACGAGAGCACACGCGACGCGCAUGUUCAAAAAAGAAUAUAUUUUGUUGAAAGAAAUUGUCGAGCGAAAGUCGGAAACGAAAACACGAAGCACAUUCGCUCACACGUUGCGUAUACGCGCCGUGCGCCGUGGUCAGCAUAGACACACUACAUCAGUGCAUUUGAGUAAAUAAAAUGGUGGAAUGAAAUUCACGUGAUGCGAUUUGAAUUAUUCGACUCUGAGUGCAACAAGCAGCAAUUUGUGUACUCCGCUUGCAACGACAUCAGAGUGUAAAGUGCGGAGUCUGUGCAGUGUCAAUGCCAUAGCUAUUGUUGCCAUUGGGAACUGCGGGGGAAACGUGAGGUCGCAUCAGGAUCCGCAAAUGCAUCCGCAUCCGGCUUGAUUGAUGGAUUGUGCAAUUUAGCCGGCAAUACAGCGACGAUAAUCCAAAUAGCACUGAGAACUGAGCACAUUCGUGACUUAUGUGUGAGGAGUCUGUGAAUGCAACAACAUGUUGACGACACAUCACCUGCAUCAUUUGCAUCAUCAUCGCGGCAGCACGGCUAUCGAAUUGGACAAGAUUACGAAUUUGAACACGCUCAUCGUGGAGAUCAACAGCCAUGUGGCGCUCUUUCGCGAUAUGCUGAUACACGUUGGCCAGGCCAAGGACUGUCCGGAGCUGCGCGAGAAGAUUCGCAAAUUGCGACGCACCUGCGUGGAGGCAUUCAAGCAUACGGCACAGAUACUCAUGCCACAGGUCAAGAGUGCCAUGGCCGAUGGCAUUCUCACGGACAAUCCGCACUUGGUGCUGCUCUUCUACAUGGCCCAGUUGUUUCUCCGGGAGCUUGUGAAAAGUUAUCGCCUCAUCCAAGUGGUGCCAAUGGAUAUGUCUGGCUAUUACGAGAAUCGUGCGGGGCCGUCGAAUUUGGGCAAUGUUAUAAGCCAGAUAUUGCUGUGCAAGCAAAUAACGCCGGACUUCAAUGAGGAGGAAUUAUGCAGCAUAACAAAGGACUCGCAGGAUAUUGCCAUGCUGUUAUCGGAGAUGCAGGAGUACAUGCCACAGCAUGAGGCAUAUUUGGAGCGAAACGCUGCGCUGGACACGAAUGGACCUUGGCAGGCAAAGAGGCGACAGAAUUACAUAUGCAAGAACAUGAGUCUGCUCUGCUGUGUCUCCAGGCCUAAUUAUCUCUGAGACGAGGCCGAAAUUGUUUAAUCUCUCUCCCUCACACAGACACACACACACACACACACACACACUACUUAUAUCAAUUACUAGUGUUUAAGUUAAGCCUACUAAAUAACUAAAAUAAACGAGAUUUUAGAGCCUAAGCAGAAUGAACAACUCAAUUAGCAUUGUAAAAUACUCGGAAUCAAAGGUCAAAGGUCUAGACACAAACUAAUUUAUAUAUACAUAUAUAUAGUAUCUAUGUUUAGGCAAGUUGUGUAUAAUGAAAAUAAUCAAAGUUAGUUAUGCUGCAUGAUACAAUACUUAAUCUCAAUUCUGGGUGAAAUAAUCAGUUCAAAGUCUUCACAUUUCGAUUAUCGAUUAUGCAAAGACUUCUUCAAAAAAAUGUAUGUACUAAUUGUAUAGAGCAAAUGUUAAGAACUAACUAGAGUCAAAAAAGCACAUUACCAUUGAGUUAACAUUAAGCUGGGGAAAGAGGGAAAUAAACGAGGGGAGGGUAAGCAUGGUAAUUAAGUUAAAAGCCUGCCUUGGGCAUGUGUUAAAACAAAAAGCAAUAAUACAAACUGUUGUUAACUCACACACACAAAAACACAAACACACAUGUAACGAUAAAUGUAUCUACGAUGUCCUUAGGUUUCUGUUAGUUUAUUUGAAAGACAACAACAACAACAACUCGAAAAGUUGAACUGUGCGCAGUACCUAAAGAAAAAACGAGCAACAUGUGACCAAUAAAAAUAAUCGUAAAAGCAGUGAAUGAAAUAAAUCGAAAUUGAAUUACAUUCGAGUCCGUUACGUUUUAAAUCCUUAAAUAGUAGAACAUUUCCAAUAAUAAAAUAAUUAAAUAUAUAAAACAAUCAAAUAGAUAUAUUAUAUAUAUUCGAAAGCACGACAAUUAAAAACACAACACACACACACAACGCACUUUUAGUCAUUGCAAAUUUAAUGAAUUUAAUUCGUAAUUUAAACAAUUUGUCACACUCCAAUGCAUAUUUCCAUUUAUUUCUGUAGCAAAAAGCAAAUGAAUCAAUUUAUUCAUUACGAGGGCCAAAAUAAAUAUUUAAUUAUUUAUAAGAAUUUCACUUUGCGUUUGCAAAUUUAACGAAAUAAUAAUAACAUUUUAAAUAUGCGCUUUUGUUCAAUGAUUACAACCAGCGAAAUUCAAUAGAAACUCGACUACUAAAUGAAACCUCGCAUUCAUUCUGGUUUAAAUAAUUAAAUAUUAAUCAAAUGACAGCACAGUAAACAUUAUUUUUUUCGCUUUGUACUUUUACAAAAUAUUUAAACGAGAUAAUCAAAUCAGUUUGAAGAGCGAGUCAACAAUAGAAUUGAAAAGAUUUUAGACACAAUAAUAACAAACACUUGUCAUUUAUUUAGUAUUAAUUCGAAUUACGCCUAAGUCGAAGAAACACCAAAAGUAAAUAUUUAUAUGGAUAUAUUUAUAGAGAAAUUGAUAGAAAGUUCAUUGCAAAUUACUUGAAUAAAUAAAUAAAGAAAUAUAAUCGUACGUGUAUAGAUAUGUAUAUCCCUAGCACAGUAACAAAAAAAAAAAGAAAAAAAGGAAUAAAGAUUGUUUAAUUAUAUAUAUUUACCACAUACAAAAAUACUAUAAAUGCAAACAUUCGUAUAAUUAAUAAUAAUAAUAAUACUACUAAACGUGAUUGUUAUAUGAUAUUCAUAUAAAACUUCAUUAAAUGUUUGUUCAUGUUAUUUGCAACUAAAAAAAAAAGAAAAGAAAAACUCUGAAAA